AGAUAGAACUCAUGGAAUUUCUAUACUUCUUGCACUUUUUCUCGUGUUCUAUUUGAGUUCUCUUUUUUUUACCCGUCUAUCCCUGUGUGUACCGUCUGGCUUGGUGUUCAGUAAUCCGCGCAGUCCAUGAUUUUCCCACAGCCCUGCUAAUGCCCCAAAGCUGCAGCUGCCACACCGGCCGGCCGCGGAGCGCCACACGCUGCCAGUUGCUACAUUGAUCAAUAAUUCACCAGCUCGACGCCUCCCCAAACCCGCUACCCCGGUGCAGCUUCGGGUCGACUGAGGCGACAACUGACAUUUACUCACGCGGAGGGGACGUUUACUCUCCCGUGCGUUUAAAAGCAGCGGUAAGCUUUAGCCAACAGGCGAGAUCCCUUCGGUGCGUCUACGGAUUAGACUGUCGCAAUGUGCACGACUCGUGUUGGUGACUGACUGCGACGCCUCGCGCUUUCAUCUGUCCGGGAACAGCGGGGGUCCCGUUAUGGUGCGGACAGUCGGAGGCUCGAAAGGGGGAGAUGCAGUCAAGACAAACAGGAACUGACUUCAGGACAUAAAGCCGACGAAAAAUCACUCACAUUCACGCAGAACGUACGUCCCUCACGCGAGCUGUUCUGCGUUCACCGGCGCUCGCGGAGCAUUUCGACCGAGCCCGUGAAUCCUCCGGUCGGUGCUGACAGGGAGGCUCCGUCGCUCGGCCGAUGACAGCUGGAGAAACAUAUUAAACACGGAACCGAGAACGAGCAGUGGCCGAGGACGUCGAUAAUUCCGCAAAAGUGCCAGAGAAAGCUUUUACUUUUACAGACGGAACAAACUCUGGGAAACAGCCCGACUUGUUGAGUUGUUUUUUCGCUUCCGGUAUCACCGAAGAAACCGACGGGUGCACCCGCUCCCUCUCCUCUUUUUUUUGGACGCUGAAGGUUUUAAAGAAAAAUGGGCUUUUGAGGAGAGCUGGCAAUUUCCCCUGAACUACAAUGGCCACAGAAUCGUAUCUGGUGCAUGAAGGUCCCCAUCGAGCCCCGGGCAUCUCAGAGUGUUUCCUAGUGCCUGAAUCCUACAGGGAUGAAUUCCAUCCCUUCAUCGAGGCUCUCCUCCCGCACGUACGGGCUUUCUCCUACACCUGGUUCAACCUGCAGGCCCGCAAGCGCAAGUACUUCAAAAAGCACGAGAAGCGCAUGUCCAAGGACGAGGAGCGCGCCGUCAAAGACGAACUCCUGGGCGAGAAGCCCGAGAUCAAGCAGAAGUGGGCGUCGCGGCUGCUGGCCAAAUUGCGCAAGGACAUCCGGCCGGAGUUUCGCGAGGACUUCGUGCUCACCAUCACGGGGAAGAAGCAGCCGUGCUGCGUGCUGUCCAACCCCGACCAGAAGGGCAAGAUCCGGCGCAUCGAUUGCCUGCGGCAAGCCGACAAGGUCUGGCGCCUGGACCUGGUGAUGGUGAUCCUGUUCAAGGGGAGCCCGCUGGAGAGCACAGACGGAGAGAGGCUGGUCAAGUCCCCGCAGUGCUCAAACCACACCCUGUGUGUGCAGCCACACCACAUCGGGGUGUCCGUCAAGGAGCUGGACCUGUACCUGGCCUACUUCAUCCACAUGCCAGGUCAGUGGGUUACGCUCUCUUUCUCUGUCCUACAGCUACUGAUACUUGAACGUGUUUAUUUAAGAGGGGUCAGAAUGCAGGGUAAG